GGCAGGCUGUCGCUCGAGGAGAGGCUGCGUUUGACUCGCUCAAAACCCUCGCCCGCUUCAUAAAAGCAACCAGACCCGCUACAUUUCUUCCCUGUACGCACUACGUAGACUUAGUCGCCCCGCCGUGCAGCCCAGGAUAGCAACGGAAAGAAAAGAGGACGCGUGCUGCGUUGCACAGUCAUGCUUUGCCAUGAGCUACUGACGGCAAACUCUGACCGGGAAUACACUUCCGCUAGGCAGCCGCUGCCAGCCAUAGGGAAGCGCGAGGGAAACCCGUCCCGCUCCUGCCGUUUCCUCAACAACUGUUCGGGUGCCGGGCUGUUGAGAGGUGCCCCCCCCUUUCCGGCAGAACUAGCUAGUGGGCUCCUGAGCGGCCUCGAAAGGCAAGCAACUCUUUCAAGCCGAUUUCCACAGCACGUUCUCAAAAAAUGUGAAGACACUCCAAGAAAUCUGAAGUUUUAUGCUGCUUCUGAAGAAGCCAAGACCAUGGGCAUUUGACCAUGAUUAAGAGGAUAUUUUGAAGCUAACUUUCAACAUUUAUGCCAUGUCAUCUAGAAGAGCAUUCUUGAUGCCAUGGAGAUUCUCUUCGUUAAAGUGUUGGUCACCUGCUUUGUUGGACUCUUCUCCUGUCACCAUCCAGGCAUCUCUUUGGGUGGGAAAGAAUCCCGCUCCCAAAAACCAAAUUUCAUAAUAAUUUUAGCAGAUGACAUGGGAUGGGGAGACCUUGGCAUCAACUGGGGCAAGCAAAAAGACACUGCUAACUUGGACAAGAUGGCAAUGGAAGGAAUGAGAUUUGUAGAUUUCCACUCUGCUGCAUCCACCUGUUCCCCAUCUCGUGCCUCUCUGCUUACAGGACGUCUUGGCCUGCGCAAUGGAGUGACCCAUAAUUUUGCUGUGACAUCCGUGGGUGGCCUCCCAUUGAAUGAGACAACAUUAGCUGAAGUUCUGAAGGAAGCUGGCUACCUUACUUCUGUGAUAGGCAAAUGGCACUUAGGACACAAUGGUCUCCAUCAUCCCAAUUUUCGUGGUUUUGAUUACUACUUUGGGAUACCCUACAGCCAUGAUAUGGGGUGCACUGAUACACCAGGCUAUAACUUGCCUCCCUGCCCAGCUUGCCCCCAGCACUCCACCACCACCAGCCACCCAAGCGAAUGUUAUUCUAAAGUGGCACUUCCACUUUUUGAAAACCUCACCAUCGUCCAACAGCCUGUGAACCUAACAAACAUGGCUACAAAGUAUGCAGAUAAAGCAGUUCGGUUUAUUAACUAUGCAAGUCAGCAUGGCCGCCCAUUCUUCCUGUACUUGGCCCUGGCCCAUAUGCAUGUGCCUUUGGUAACGACAGAGCCAGCAUGCAAUCUGUCUUGUCAAGAUCCAUAUGGAGCAAACCUGAGGCAAAUGGAUGCCCUGGUGGGACGAAUAAAGGCUGAAGUUGAUAGCACUGCGAGGGAAAACACACUCAUCUGGUUCACAGGAGACAAUGGACCCUGGUCUGAGAAGUGUGAGUUUGCAGGAAGUGUUGGUCCAUACACUGGGAUGUGGCAAAGAAAAAGAGAUGGCAGCUCAGCAAAGCAAACGACUUGGGAAGGGGGACACCGCGUUCCCACAAUAGCCUAUUGGGCGGGGAAGAUCCCAGCAAAUGUGACGAGUCAUAUGAUAUUGAGCACUUUGGAUAUAUUCCCUACUGUGGUGUCCCUUGCAAACGCAAGCCUCCCUCCUCACAGACGGUUUGAUGGUAUGGAUAUAUCUGAGGUCCUCUUUGGGUGGUCGAACAAAGGACAUGAGACAUUAUUUCAUCCCAACAGUGGAGCAGCUGGAAAAUAUGGAAACCUACAGGCUCUUCGGCUGAAUCAGUACAAGGCAUUUUAUGUCACAGGUGGAGCAAAGGCCUGUGAUGGCAGCGUCGGGCAGGAAGAACACCACCAUCCACCUCUCAUUUUUAACUUACAAAAUGAUAUCCAGGAACAGAAUCCCUUGGACAGCAAGUCCACUGAAUACCAUGCAGUACUGCCCAUAAUAAACCAGGCGUUGUGGGGUAUUCUUCAGGAUAUUGCAACAGACAACAUCUCUAUAGCAGAUUAUUCUCAUGAUCCAGCAGUGAUACCCUGCUGCAACCCACAGCACUUGGUCUGCCGCUGUCAAUCCACUUAUUGGAGGUCAGACCUCAAAAUAUGCAAAAAGCAGCUGGACUGAUACAGGACAUUUGGGACUGAUUUCUUCUUUUUAAAAGGUCUCUAAACAGAUUUCUAUAGUGACUCAACAUCUUAGUGCACAGUAAUGAUCCUGUUUUUUUUAAAUGUGAGCUUUGUGUUUUUAAAUUUGGAUGUUUCAUUUCAAGAUAUUCUAGUGUGGGAGUAUUAAGCUACAAAAACUUGUUGGGGUUUAUCGUUUGUGCUUUCUUGCAGGUUGUUUACUUGUAACUGGUGUUACCUUCUGCUACGACGUGUAUGUUCACCUCAAAGGAUGAUAGCUUCUUUAAUUCCCCCUUCAACCUCCAUAAUGUCUAGUGCCAGUUGUCUGCCUGCUGCUGUUUCAAAGAUCUAUGUUUCAUUGGCUGUUAGGCCUAGACAGAGGUAAGAGUUACAUUCUAUAUUACAGAGAGUGGAUGAAGGAGAUAGUGAUGCAGCAUUUUUGUCAUUGUUUCAUUAUAGGAGCAUGUGUUAUAACAUCAAAUUGUGGUUUAAGCCACUUAGGAAAGUGUUUGAUAUUGUUGCAGUUGGGCCCAACAAGCUUAAGUCACAAAACUUGCAUAUACGAAAUCGAGAAGUUUUGAAAAUGGAGAUAGUUCUGAUUUUUUUAAAAACAGGAUGGGGUUUUUUAUAUAGUUAGUUUUUUCUUCUGUUUAUUUCCAUCAUGCUUAUAAAAGUUUCUCUUUCUUACGGGCUGAUAAUGUAUUCAGCAAAUUUAAAAAGGCACUUCUUCCCUUACCUCUGAACAAAAUCUAUGCCUGAUUCUCUAAAAAUAGCAGCACUGGCAUAGGGGAGGGACUGGCUUGGUAAAAUAAAAGGAACACGAAUUCCAUUCA